AUGGGAGAAGUUAUCAACACAGUUGGGGUGCUUGGGACUGGUGUGAUCGGUGCAAGCUGGGCAACGCUGUUUCUCGCGAAGGGACUGAAAGUGAUCCUUUCCGAUCCAGCAUCAGGUUCGAAAGAGAGCUUUGAGAGGUACCUAGAUGCCGCAUGGAUUGCUCUCGAGAAAGCUGGAAUGUCUGAUAUGGGCCGGAAGAACAAAAACAACUACGAAGUGGUUGACAGCUUGCUGGACCACAUAGGAGAUAUCGAUUUUGUGCAAGAGAAUAGCCCUGAGCGGCAGGACCUCAAGACUAAACUCAUCGCCGAGCUUGAUGCCCAUGCAAGACCGGGAAUAAUCAUUGCUUCGUCCUCCUCGGGCAUGCCCGCAUCUAGCUUCAUUUCACAGUGCAAGAAUGCUCCUCAACGAAUUCUCGUGGCCCAUCCCUUCAAUCCUCCCCAUCUCGUCCCUUUAGUCGAGGUUGUACCACAUCCAGGAACAGACGAGCGCACAGUCAACAACGCUUUAGAAUUUUAUCGCAAUUUAGGUAAAAGACCAAUACUCAUCAACCACGAAAUUCCCGGGUUCGUCGCCAACCGUCUUCAAGCUGUUGUAAACAACGAAGCUUACAGUCUCGUCAGUAGAGGUAUUGUAUCAGCGGAAGAUCUGGACGCGGCCAUGGCGACUGGGCCCGGUCUACGCUGGGCAGUGCAUGGCCCUCUGGUUACUAAUACUUUGGGUGGUGGAGGCGGAAAGGACGGGUUCUGGCAAAGACUGGAGCGUUUGGGGCCAGGCAUUCGAGUAUGGGAGCGUGACAUUCUUGCUCAUCGAUUCUGUUGGACGGAAAGUGAACAGCGCGCGCUGAAAGACAAGGUUGAAGAGUAUCUUGACCACAUUGAUCUGUCGGAGGUCAGUACCCAACGGGACCAGGCCCUCCUAGAAAUGCUAUGCGCAAGGCGAAAGAGCGAUUGCCACGUCUGA